AUGAGUCUCACUGCAGUUAUACAAGGUACCCCAGUUAUACAAGGUUCUCCAGUUAUACAAGGUUCUCCAGUUAUACAAGGUACUCCAGUUAUACAAGGUACCCCAGUUAUACAAGGUUCUCCAGUUAUACAAGGUACUCCAGUUAUACAAGGUUCUCCAGUUAUACAAGGUACCCCAGUUAUACAAGGUUCUCCAGUUAUACAAGGUACUCCAGUUAUACAAGGUUCUCCAGUUAUACAAGGUACUCCAGUUAUACAAGGUUCUCCAGUUAUACAAGGUACCCCAGUUAUACAAGGUUCUCCAGUUAUACAAGGUUCUCCAGUUAUACAAGGUACUCCAGUUAUACAAGGUACUCCAGUUAUACAAGGUUCUCCAGUUAUACAAGGUACAGUUAUACAAGGUUCUCCAGUUAUACAAGGUUCUCCAGUUAUACAAGGUACUCCAGUUAUACAAGGUACCCCAGUUAUACAAGGUACUCCAGUUAUGCACGGUACUCCAGUUAUGCACGGUACUCCAGUUAUACAAGGUACUCCAAUUAUGCACGGUACUCCAGUUAUGCACGGUACUCCAGUUAUACAAGGUACUCCAGUUAUGCACGGUACUCCAGUUAUACAAGGUACCCCAGUUAUACAAGGUUCUCCAGUUAUACAAGGUACUCCAGUUAUACAAGGUACCCCAGUUAUACAAGGUACUCAAGUUAUACAAGGUACUCCAGUUAUACAAGGUACUCCAGUUAUACAAGGUACUCCAGUUAUACAAGGUACCCCAGUUAUACAAGGUACUCCAGUUAUACAAGGUACUCCAGUUAUACAAGGUACUCCAGUUAUACAAGGUACCCCAGUUAUACAAGGUACUCCAGUUAUGCACGGUACUCCAGUUAUACAAGGUACUCCAGUUAUGCACGGUACUCCAGUUAUACAAGGUACUCAAGUUACACAAGGUACUCCAGUUAUGCACGGUACUCCAGUUAUGCAAGGUACUCAAGUUAUGCACGGUACUCCAGUUAUACAAGGUACUCCAGUUAUGCAAGGUACUCCAGUUAUACAAGGUACUCCAGUUAUGCAAGGUACUCCAGUUAUACAAGGUACUCCAGUUAUGCACGGUACUCAAGUUAUACACGGUACUCCAGUUAUACAAGGUACUCAAGUUAUGCACGGUACUCCAGUUAUACAAGGUACUCAAGUUAUGCACGGUACUCCAGUUAUACAAGGUACUCCAGUUAUGCACGGUACUCAAGUUAUGCACGGUACUCCAGUUAUACAAGGUACUCCAGUUAUACAAGGUACUCCAGUUAUGCAAGGUACUCCAGUUAUGCACGGUACUCCAGUUAUACAAGGUACUCCAGUUAUGCACGGUACUCCAGUUAUACAAGGUACUCCAGUUAUGCACGGUACUCCAGUUAUACAAGGUACUCCAGUUAUACAAGGUACUCAAGUUAUGCAAGGUACUCCAGUUAUACAAGGUACUCCAGUUAUACAAUGUUCUCCAGUUAUGCAAGGUACUCCAGUUAUACAAGGUACUCAAGUUAUGCACGGUACUCCAGUUAUACAAGGUACUCCAGUUAUACAAGGUACUCAAGUUAUGCAAGGUACUCCAGUUAUACAAGGUACUCAAGUUAUGCAAGGUACUCCAGUUAUACAAGGUACUCCAGUUAUACAAUGUUCUCCAGUUAUGCAAGGUACUCAUACAUUUUCCAUGAAAAUUUUCUAA